AGAGGUAGUCCGAGUUUGUUCGACUUGUACGAGUUGCAAAAAGCAACAGUUUGAGUUAGCUUUCAGUUUCUGAUUUUAUAAUGAAGAGCAAUUUACUUGCCAUCUUUGCUUUAACCACACUUGUGUGUAGCACGCGGGCUACCCUUGGUGGUAAGGCAGUUCUCAAGGAAAAGGAUAUGAUGAGAAAGAUUGUAUUCGACAAAAAGACACCAGAUGUGUUUUAUUGCCCAAUGCAGAAGCCGUCUUCGAUGAACAAAAUUAUUGUCACAGCUCGGCCCCUACACAAGUUGUGCGAAUACGAAGGAAACCCAUUGCCAGCUGAAUAUAAAUCUGACUGUUAUAUGGAUAUUGAUGAAUCGGAUUAUGCAUGCAAGGAGAAAUAUAGAAUUAUGAAACGAUUCGCCAAAGACGAACCCUAAUACAAUAAUCACAAACAACACAACAAAUUUUAACAGCUUAUUGUACAUUAUCAUUGCACCAUACGCUGGCAGCUUUGAGUAACUGGAUAACACGGCUAAAUAUCACAGUUUUGUUCUGCUGUACUUACCUGCAUAUAUACCUAUAGAUACACUACCUAUAAACACAUUUACGAAAUAACACAUAUCCCAUACAAAAAGGCAAACUUUAACGAGCAUUUAUAUGCGAGCAAAUAUAUAAAAACUGUUAGUCAGUGGCUUUAACAAUUCUAUAGUUCAGUACAAACGCGGCGAUAUAUUAUUUUUCUAAACUACUAAUAUAUUAAAAAUAAUUCUCGAUGUCGACCUAGCUCAAGUAGAUAAGUUUUUGAAUAUUUUAUCACUGGAG